AUCAUUUAUAUAGAAGAUUGGCAUUCAUAAAUCAAUUGUUUAACUUCAAACUUGUUUAUAACAAACUUGUUUAUUUUUAACAAUAUUAGGGAUUGCAGUACAGGGUACUGUACUCAGUGAUUACAGCUCUGCUGUUCGAACCUGUUGUUGGCCCUCUGUGCUUUGCUGUUAUUCCUCAUUUAGCAUUAAUUUCACUUAACAUUAGCUUUUCUGGAAUGCAACCCCAUUAUUAAAUGAGGGAUACCUGUACAGUUAUUAUCCAAGUCUUAAAGUGUGGUGUUUGAGUGGAUACAGCACUCGCCUCCUAUUCUGGGGAUCAGUGGUUCGGGCACUCCCAGUUCACCAAGCCGUAAAUGGAUACGUAAGUUUACAACUUGGGGAAGUGAAGGCGGUCGAGAGCAGUACCGGCCAUGCUGCCUCCUUGUGUACUGAAGGCUUCGUAUACAAAGUGCUGAAUCUACACAGUACCUAACAGGCAGUCAUGCCUGUGGAACCCACUUCCACAUUGAAGUUUUACUAACUUUUGAUGUUUUAGUCCUGGAUUAGGCAUUGCACUUUCGUUGUCAAAAUUUGACAAAGGUUACGGAUGGUGUUCAAUAAUAAAGCAGCCACAAGUAUUGACCAAUCACUAGGAGACUUUAGUUGAUGAAAGAGGUUAGGCAUAGGUUUAGAAUAGGCACGUCAUUUGUUUGGUCAACAUUGGGCAAAGGUCACUGAGAAAGAUUAAUUUCCCACUCAUGACUUCAGUUGAAUGUGAGUUUUUAUCAUGCCUUACUACUUUUUUUAUAUGUUUUUUUUAUUUUAUUUUUUUUGCAUGCAUUAGCCCACACCAGGCACAGGUAAUUUUUAAUGACCCACAUCAAGGCGGGGGAGAUGUAAUAAAAUAAUAAUAAUAAUGAUGAUGAUGAUGAUGAUGAUGAUGAUGAUGAUGAUGAUGAUAAUAAUAAUAACAACGAAGGUGGGUGACAAGAAUUUACAUGCAUUUGCUUGCCUCUUAUUUUAAUGAAUUCAUUAAAACUUUAUCCCCAAGUGGAUGAAGAGUCAGAAUAUUGGUUAGCUGUACAUAUAUGGGAUUUUGCUAUUUGUCUCACAAGAUAUGCUUAGUCUACUUUAUUAUAGCUUGAAUGCAAGAUUUCCAUUUAUUUCUUAUUACAGUAUUUUUAAUUAUAUUUUUACUAUUAUUAUUAAUAUUAAUUUUUUCAGCCUGCAAAUAUAUUCUUUACACUGGAUGGACGGCACAUCAAACUGGGUGAUUUUGGGUUGGCCCGAUUAAUGCCAAACCUGGUUACCUGUGGAUCAGGAGAAACGGAUAUAAUUGUAGAAGAAACCAACCUUACACCAAUAUCUGAGCAUGCACCAAACACUCGUGGUGUCGGAACACCUAUUUAUGCUGCUCCAGAACUCAAGAUUGGUGGUCGAUACGAUACUAAGAGUGACAUGCACAAUCUAGGAAUCAUUCUGCUGGAGUUCUUUCAACCAUUCCAGACGGGAUCAGAGAGGAUCCACGUGAUUAAUGCCCUUAAAACAAAACGACAGUUGGACCAAGAAUUUCUCACCUUGUGGCCUGAUAUUGCACCUUGGAUAUUGCAACUCACUGAUCCGGAGCCAAACGAUCGACCGUCAGCUUAUGAAGUAUUGGAGUCAACAUUGUUUAAAAUUCCAAAAUUGGAAAGAUCGCCUAAAAAAUUGCCAAUGGAAAAAUCUGAUGAGAUUUACCAAAAAAAUGCUGAGAUUGCAAAGUUGAAGGAAGAAAAUUUAAAGCAGAAGGAAAUAAUUGCUCAGUUACAACAGGAAAUUGAAAAUAUGAAGAUUGAAAUUAAUAACAAAUGAAAAGCAUCCAGAAUAAUUAAUCACUGUAUUCAUUUUAAAUCUGAAUCAAUUCAAUUUGUUUCUGAAAAAAAUUCUUUUCUCUCAAAAAUGGGGAAAAUUUGAACACAGCCUUAAUCUUUAAACUAAGGUCUUUAGGCACAUAAGGUUAGUAAUUACACUAGACCAUCGGCAAAUACUAAAAAUUAUGGGAGAUACAUUCUCUCUCUCGGUCCGAGUCAUUGUUGUAUGUUUAAUGACAUCCAUAUACAUAUGCGUACUGUAUAUAUAUAUAAGCAGAAGAUCUCGUGAUUCCCAUUUGCUUCAGAGUCAACCAGUUUAAGUCUUUUACCUCCAUAUUUAGUGAAAACCCUGGUUUAUUAGAAGAGCACUGGAUUCCAGGUAAAUUACUACUAAAUAGUAGCUGGUUUGGAGUUAACUUCAGCUCUGAGAUAUGAAACAAUAUACAGUAGUAGUUCUGAAGACUACUGUGGCAACAUAUCAAAAUGUAUUUUUUCAUGGCAGUCCACAUGCAAAAUACAGGAUGACAAGUUUUUAUCAUGGCGGCAGGUCACAAUACAUAACAGCAGUGAAGAACAUAGUUCAAUAUUUUCUGUAACAUCAAUUCUUUACUAAUUGUAGCAGCAUUUCAAAAGCUGGUAAUAUGAGAAGCUAUAUGCAACAGCAGACCAUUUGCUAAAUUCAUCAUCAAGUAAAGAGUUAUGUACAGUACAGCUAAGAGUCAGCUGACACAGCACAAGCUAAGAUACAAUACACAGUCAGUAACUAACAGAAAGUCAAGACCUUGAUUGCAGUAGAAAGUGAAGGGCAGUUACAACAUCAUUUCAAAAAUUGGUUAUGGUACCAAGUUAGGGUCAUUAAUGGGACUGCAGCUACAGGAUAUGGUAGCAAGUUAGGGUCAUUAAUGGGACUGCAGCUACAGGUUAUGAGUUGUGUAUGAUAGUAGGUCUUGAAAUAGAUGAUAUUUAGUCAAAAUACAGCUGAUUGUAUUUUAACUGCAGGUGCAAGAUUUGAAUUAUAAUUAAAGCAGCAGGUUCCCAACUUCAUCUAUUUGUUAGCUAAAUGAAGCAGCAAAAGUAGAACAGUGUACAAUCAAAACUACGGCAUAAGAAUAGUGGGGUUUCCACUAAUCUGAGAAUUACCAUUUGACACUAGUGGCAGAUCUAUAUUUAUUGUAGGGGGUUUAAGUUUAUUUUUUAUUGUUUAUGCAAUUCAUAAAGUUAUAAAAGGGUAAAUAUAAAAUGAUGUACAGUUUUCAUAGUCUGGGCUAAAUCCUCAUAGCAGCAAAGUUUUCCCUGGAAACAACAAUAGUCACUCAUUGUAUGAAGUGACAUCAACAGUUACAUUUCACCAAAAAAAUAAAAAAUAAAAAAAAAUAAAAAAAGAUUAUCAGAAGUGUGAAAAAAUAUUCUUGGAUUUUUAUCAUGAUUUAGGAUUACUAUGUGAUUUGAUUGUUAUUCGCUCAAACAUGAAAUGAGUUGUGUUUGUGAUUUUAUGUAGUGUUAUGGGAAGGUUUGAUAGUGAGGUCUCUGAAUCCACUUUUGAUCUGCCACUGGACAUAAAUUGUUCCUAUUGGUUUAUUCCAAGUGUCAUGUUGUGAUGAGUUCAGGAUCUGUUUAACAAGUUCAGAACCCCUGUAUGUACAGUCCUUUGUUAUUGUUUUUUGUAAUAUAUCUCAGUUCAUGAGUUAAUUCCCCUUACAAGUGAACAAAUUGUAAAUAUGUAAUGACAUAUAAUUCACCACUUUGGAGGUUAGAAAAAAUGUAAGCCUUAUCUCUCAGUUAAGUUUGAAAUCAUUUGCAGAUAAUGUACUGUACUUCUAAUUCAAGGUUAUUUUAGCAAAAUGUAAACUUU